AUGUCCGAGAAGGACCUCCAAAACAGCCCUGAUGGCAGCAUCAACAAUAAUGGCAUCGACGUCAAGUCAGCCUCACAUCCGAAUCCCACUGGUAUUCCCGACCACCGUCAGGAAUAUGCGCGUGAGCUCGCGGCCAUGAGCCCGGAGGAGUACCUCGCGUUUGAGAAAAAGGUCCUGAGGAAGAUGGAUCUCAACAUCAUUCCAUGGAUCACACUGCUGUACCUCUUGUCCUUCCUUGAUCGUGUCAAUGUCGGCGCGGCGAGACUCGUCGGCAUGUUGACAGAGCUCCAGCUCAACUCGCUCCAGUACUCUAACAUCUCCAUGAUCUUCUUCGUCUCCUACGUAGCGUUCGAAGUACCGUCCAACUUGGUCCUGAAGAAAUUCAAGCCCUCCCGAUGGAUUCCCUUCACAAUGGUGGUAUGGGGUAUCUUCCAGACCUGCAUGGGUACCGUCAACACCUACGGCCAGCUCCUCGCCCUCCGUUUCUGUCUCGGUAUCUUCGAGGCCGGCUUGUUCCCCGGUCUCAACUUCUUCCUGACCGGCUGGUACCGCCGAGAAGAGCUCAACCGUCGUGUAUCCAUCUUCUUUGCCGGCGCUGUCCUGGCUGGUGCUUUCGGCGGUAUCUUUGGUUACGCCAUUGCUCAAAUGGGCGGUGUGGGCGGCUACUCUGGCUGGCGAUGGAUCUUCAUCAUUGAGGGUCUGCUUACUAUCGUCAUCGCCAUUGCGUCCAUCUGGAUGGUGCACGACUGGCCUGACCAGGCCAAGUUCUUGACGCCGCUCGAGCGCGAAUGCGUCCUGACUCGUCUUCGUAAGGAACAGGGUCUUGCCGGAGAGGGUACUCUGAACCGCAAGGUGGUCAAGCAGGCUUUCCUCGACCCUAAGAUGUGGCUCCUCAUGCUCUGCUACAUCGGUGCUGCUGAGCCCCUCUACUCUGGCGCUCUCUUCUCGCCCUCCAUCGUCGCUGCUCUUGGCACAUUCUCGGCUACUACGUCCCUCCUCCUCUCGACACCACCCUACGUCCUCACCUUCAUCGCUACCCUCGGUACCGCAUGGGUUUCCGACAAGUACAAGCGCCGCGGUAUCUUCAACAUGUUCUGGUCCGUCAUCGCCAUGAUCGGUUACAUACUUCUUAUCGCUAUCCCCACGCAGUACGCUGGCGCGCGGUACUUUGCCGUCUUCCUGACUGUCAUGUCGACUGGACCUCUCAUUGCCUGCACCAUCUCAUGGACGGGAAACACCUGGGUAGCGCACUACACAAAGGCUAUCUGUAUGGGUAUGGUCUUCUCGGCCGGUAACUCGGGCGGUAUUGUCGCUUCGCAAGCCUACCGUGACGCCGAUGCGCCCCGCUUCAUCCCCGGUCACGCCACCGCCCUGGGUUUCCUCGCCAUGCACUUUACCACCUCCGCUAUCCUCUGGUGGAUGUUUGCGAGGGAGAACAAGCGCAGGGACGAGCAAUACGGCCCACCUCCCAGCCAGCACGAGGUCCACGACUUUAUGGACGCGGACAACAUCCGGCGGUACGGUCUGGAGGGGAUGAGCAGGGAGGAUCUCAUCAAUCUUGGUGACAAGCACCCGGCGUAUCGCUACGUUUUGUAA